AUGGAUGACGACAUGGUAUUUGAUCCUUCGUUAAAAAAGAAGAAGAAGAAGAAGACUGGCUUCGAUAUGGAGGCCGCAUUGGCUGAGCAAGGCGAAAGCACGAGCGUGGAGGUGCCCGCUGAGACGGGUGACGUCGAUGUCCCGGAGGACGACACUCUCGAUCUAGACAAUUUUGGCAAGAAGAAGAAAAAGAAAAAGAAGCCAGUGUUCAACCUAGACGAUAUGGACAGUGCUCUGCCGGAGGCUCGCGAGGACAGGCCUCCGGCAGAGGAGCCCGAGACGAAGGAGGAGGAGGAGGAGGUAGUUGAUGAUCUGGACCUUGACAUAGACUUCUCCAAAACUAAAAAGAAGAAGAAGAAGAAAAAUGUAGACGAGUUCAUUCUAGAGGAUGAAGCUAACCUUGCGGACCAAGAGAAUAUAGACGACACGCACGGCGAUUGGCACGACAGUGAGCGCGAUUAUACAUACGAUGAACUGCUCGAUCGUGUCUUCGAGAUCAUGCGUGAGAAGAAUCCCAACAUGGUUUCUGGUAAAAAGCAAAAGUUUAUCAUGAGGCCCCCACAGGUUGUCAGGAUUGGAACGAAGAAGACCUCUUUUGCAAACUUUACAGAAAUUUGCAAAACACUUCACAGACAACCAAAACAUUUACUUGACUUCUUAUUAGCAGAGUUGGGUACAAGUGGGUCUGUGGACGGAAACAGCCAGCUCAUCAUCAAGGGUCGUUUUCAGCAGAAGCAAAUAGAGAAUGUCUUGCGUCGGUAUAUUAAGGAAUAUGUAACAUGUCAUACUUGUCGCUCUCCAGACACUAUCCUGCAAAAAGACACAAGAUUGUUCUUCCUACAGUGUGAGACAUGUGGAUCGCGUUGCUCAGUAGCGAGUAUUAAAUCAGGUUUCCAGGCUGUCACAGGCAAGCGUGCUGCUAUCCGUGCAAAGACUGCAUAGAAUGUUAGUGCUUAGUGAUAAACAAUUUUACAGUCAAGGUUCUGGGGUACAUGCAGUUAUAGUCCCUGCUAUACGGUUAUUGUCACCUGCAAUGAAUUGGGUGCUGGUUGUAAAUGUAUGUAGUAUUAUUUUGUUGUGCAAUUUUGAUGUCCCAAAGAAUGAAUGUUGUCUGAGAGAUUGUGUAAAUAGUCAUGAACUAGUUUAUGUUCAACAUCAUUAAUUUCAACCAAGUAUAGUUAGAAAAAAUUGAACUUUUUUAUCUUUCAUAUGACAUUCAUUCUUACAAUUUCAUUUAACUUGUGAGGUAUUAAAACAUUGUAAUAUAAUAUUUUGUAUUGCGUCGUGAGUAUUUCUAUUGUUUUACAUAAAUUGCAUCUUGUUUACAUUCAGAAACACUGAAUUACAGAACUGGGUGUGACCAUUUAAAAAUUGUGAAGGCCCAGUUUGUACACAAAAUUACUUACAGUGUGACCUCAUUGAUAAUGUGCUCAAAUGCUAAAGGUUCUGGAUGUACCCCAACUCUAAUUCAUAUAUUUAUGUAUAGCCAACUCCUGUAUUAUUCU